AUGGAUUCUUCAUCAGAACUCAAGAGGGUCAUGAGCCUUGUGGAUGCCCUUGCCCUUUUCACUAUCUUUGUCAUUCCACUUCCUGCUCAUGCUUCCCCAGCAGAAGCCCAAGCCCUCCUCAAGUGGAAGUCCAGCCUUGGCAACCAUUCGGUUUCUUCCCUCUCUUCGUGGACUCCCUCUCCUCGUAAGGCCACCGGUUCCAAUUUGACCGUGAGUCCAUGUGCUUGGUAUGGCAUCUCUUGCAAUCAAGCCGGAAGCGUGAUCAGGAUAAAUCUCAUCGGCGCCAAUGACGAAGGUACGCUUGAUGAAUUCCCAUUCUCAUCUUUAUCUCAUCUCAUGUACAUGGACCUGAGUGUAAAUAGUGUCUUCGGCCACAUUCUGCCUCAAAUCGAUCUUCUGAGCAAUCUCACCUAUCUCAACCUCUCUAUCAAUCGGUUCUUGGGUAAAAUACCAACAGAGAUCAGCAGUCUAACGAAAUUGGAGGUCCUACACCUGUUUUUCAAUGGGCUAAAUGGCUCCAUUCCCCUAGAAAUUGGGCAAUUGCAUUUGCUUAGUGAGGUUGUGCUGUAUUUGAAUCAGUUGCAUGGAUCCAUCCCUUCCUCAUUGGGUAAUUUGAGCAAAUUAGCUAGACUGUAUGUCUACAACAACUCCCUUUCUGGUUCUAUACCUCCUGAAAUGGGAUAUAUGAUAAAUUUGAAAGUGCUCCACAUGGACACCAACUUCCUGACAGGACUAAUUCCUUCCACUCUGGGGAACUAA